AUGAAGUCCCUGGUCGUGCUCCUCGUGCUGUCUGUGGGUGCAGCCAGCGGUGCCGGCUUAUCCCGGGCUGUGUGGGAGUUCCGCGACAUGAUCAAGUGCACCAUUCCGGACAGCCAUCCUCUGCUGGAACUUGCUGACUACGGCUGCUACUGUGGCUUGGGAGGCAGCGGAACGCCAGUGGAUGACCUUGACAGGUGCUGUCAAGUACAUGAUAACUGCUACUCCCAGGCAGAGAAACUAGAAGCCUGCAGAUUCCUUGUGGACAACCCCUACACAAAUUCAUAUCACUUCAGCUGCUCCAACGGGCAGAUCACAUGUAAAAGCAGCAACAACGAGUGUGAGAUGUUCAUCUGCAACUGCGACCGUGCCGCCGCCAUGUGCUUCGCCAGGUCCACCUACCACCCUCAGCACAGCAGGCUGGACACCAAGAAGUACUGCAACUAG